CCCCUCCCUCCUUGUCGGCAAGGACCUUGCUCGUGGAUCCUUAGGUUUUCAGGCUGCGAUUCUUGGGGCGAAGAUGAUUCGACGGGUUCUUAAUUUGUUGGUACAUAAUACUACCACAGGCGUUCACUCGCUGCGCCGAAUCGAUCCGUACAAGCAUCUAUUCUAUCAGUCAGCAGCUGAAGCAGCAGCAGAAUCAAACCAAAAUAAGGGGGAGGAAUCUGCUCUGGGAAUGCAGACUCUUGCUCUGCCCGACCCAAUCGUCAGCUUCGCUCCAUCCCCCACUAAUCUGCCGACGGAGGGCGCCCUGCAUUUGUUCGCGCUCUUGCGCAGCCGCGGCAGCGAAGGCAGGAUCGUAACCGCUGACUAGGCCGGCGAAUCCGUGCUCUUUGAUGCCGACGAGCGUCUCUUCCUUAACCUGCCCCGCCUCAAGGAGCCCAAGGGGUGGAAACCCGCGUGUCUCUCCAUUGCUCUACCUGGCACCGUUGAGAACAGCCUCUACGUAAUGGACAGGCGACACAGCCCUUCCUGCUUCGAGGUCCUUGAGUUCGGGCCUAGGCGCGGGGGGCCGGAAGUACGCGACAUGCAUACAGGCUGGCGCUGGCGGUUUCUUCCUCCGCCUCCUUUUGCCUUGCGCCCUGGCUACGAAACCUCCUACGUCACCUCCUACACGAGCAUGGUGAAUGCCAACAGCUGCUCUACCAUCUGUAUAUCAUCUAGUGGCAAUGGCAUUGGCACCUAUUGCUUUGACACCUCGAGGCACUUGGAAGAAUGGAGGCACACUGGGGCGUGGAAGCUGCCCUUUCAAGGGAAAGCCGAGUACAUACCUGAGUUCAAACUGUGGUUUGGCUUCUCGGCACACACACCUAAUCACUUGUGUGCUGUGGACCUUUCUGCCAUGCAGCAGGACCAACAGCAACCCACUUUGUUGUAUUGUUUUGAAGACCUGAACCCACCUGUCAAAGAGAACUGGGCUCCAAUGUCUCUUCAACUGGUGAACCUUGGCGCCGGCAAGUUUUGUGUAUCCAAGUCCUUUGACGCUGCUGAGACAAUUGGACAGCAGUUUGCCGUGCUCAGUGGGAUAGAGAUUGUGCGCGGUUAUGACCAAAGACUGCACAUGGUCAAACACAAGCGCACAUGUUAUACCUUCAGCAGGGACAUAAUCAGCUGUGUAUUCUGAAUUAGUAAUCUUUGUUUUUGUUAUGCAUUC